AUGACUGGACACAUUGCCCGAGCUUGUCGCAAUAAUAAAAAGUCUAAUGCUGAAAAGAAUGCUGACAGAAGAACCAGAGGAAGAGGAAGACGCUUCACACAGGAGAGAAAUGUGCAUUAUUGUUCUCCCAGAGUGGCAGAAGGGAGUGAGGAGGAGGAACAGGCAUUCCCAUUAUACAGUGUCCUGGGCGAGGAGGAGGAGGGGGAACCACCCUACAAGGUAUGCAUGGCUUUAAAUGAAGAACCAGUGACAUUUGAAGUAGAUACUGGUUGUGGACUCACCAUCCUGAAUAAGAAAACAUUCAAAAAAAGUGAAAAAUGCCCCUCCAUUGAAAAAAAAACUCGCCUGAAGUUGAGAACAUAUACAAAGCAAAAGAUAAAGGUGCUGGGGAAAACAUAUGUGAAAGUGAACUACAAACAACAGGAAAAGAUAUUGCCCAUCAUAGUUGUUCGGGGCACAGGUCCAAACUUACUAGGAAGAUGGUGGUUGAAGCAUGUUAAACUGGACUGGGCUGAAAUAAAGAACCAGGCACACCACCCAUCAUCCCUGAACCUGGAUCAAGUGCACACUACAACAAACUCACAGCCCCUGACCUUGGAGCAAGUGCUACAAAAGCAUGAGGGAGUGUUUAAAGAAGAAUUGGGAACUUUAAAAGGAUUUAAAGCUACUAUUCAUGUACCUGAUAAUGCAGCUCCCCGCUUUUAUAGACCCAGAUCUGUUCCCUAUGCUAUGAAACCUAAAGUUGAUGCUGAAAUUGACAGACUGUUAAAAGAGAAUAUCAUUACACCCGUCAAGUAUUCUGAGUGGGCAGCUCCUGUGGUUCCUUUGCUCAAACCUGAUGGUGCCUGUAGAUUAUGUGGAGAUUAUAAAUUGACUGUGAAUAGAGUCUCCACCCUGGAACAGUACCCCAUACCAAAAGUAGAGGAUUUGAUGGCAGUGUUAGCUGGCGGGCAACAGUUCACCAAACUUGACAUGAGUCAUGCAUAUCAGCAAAUCCAAAUGGAUGACCAGUCUAAGAAGUAUUUAACUGUAAAUACUCACCGUGGAAUGUUUACAUACAACAGAUUACCAUUUGGUGUAUCCUCAGCCCCUGCAAUAUUCCAGAGAACCAUGGAGGGGGUUCUCCAGGGAAUACCACAAGUUGCUGUAUAUCUUGAUGAUAUCCUGGUUACCGGGGAAACCAGAGAAAUGCACCUCAAGACCCUGGAUGAGGUGUUGACCAGGUUAGAAGAUGCUGGUCUCAGAUUAAAGAGAAGCAAAUGCACAUUGCUGGCUGAUGAAGUUCAGUAUUUGGGACAUAAAGUGGAUGCGAAAGGAGUUCACACAGUGGAGGUCAAGGUCAAAGCUGUUGUUGACGCACCCACCCCAACUUCAAUGACAGAGCUCAAGGCUUACCUGGGCUUGCUGAAUUAUUAUAACCGAUUCCUUCCAAAUCUCUCCACAUUGCUGGCCCCUUUACAUCAUCUGCUGAGGAAAGAUGUGGUUUGGAGCUGGGGGGACCGUCAAGAGGAAGCCUUCAGGAGGUCCAAAGACUUACUGAAGUCAGCUGAUGUUUUGGUGCAUUAUUCGGGAGGGAGGCCUUUAAUAUUAGCCUGCGAUGCCUCACCAUAUGGCGUGGGGGCAGUGUUGUCCCACAGGAUGGAAGAUGGAACAGAAAAACCAAUUGGUUUUGUAUCUCGAACCUUGGCACCAGCGGAGAAGAAAUACUCACAGCUGGAUAAAGAAGGUUUGGCUGUGAUCUUUGGAAUAAAAAGGUUCCACAAGUACCUUUAUGGCCGGAACUUUACAAUUGUGACUGAUCACAAGCCCUUGAUCUCCCUGUUCAAUGAAACUAAACCUGUUCCUCAGAUGGUGUCUCCACGUGUUCAGCGUUGGUCUGUAUGGCUCAGAGCUUAUGAGUAUCACAUUGUAUACAGGCCUGGAAAGCAGCAUGUAAAUGCAGAUGCCCUCAGUAGGCUUCCCUUGCCAGAAACAUUCCCUGCUGAGGAAGAGGAGGAUCUGGUGCUGAUGCUGGAUGGAAUGGAUGAUGCACCAGUGACCACAGAACAAGUAAGGCAUUGGACAGCUAAAGAUGUGACACUGUCACGUGUGCAUGGAUAUGUGCUAAAAGGAUGGCCUUUAACAGUGGAGCCUGAAUGUAUGCCUUACUUCUCUCGACGCUUGGAGCUCAGUGUGCGAGAUGGAUGUGUUCUGUGGGGUGCUCGAGUCAUUAUUCCCCAGAAAGGAAGGAAAAUUUUGUUAAAGUUGCUGCAUCAGUCCCACCCAGGAAUGUCUAGGAUGAAGGGACUGGCCCGGUCGUAUGUCUGGUGGCCGCAGAUGGAUCAGGAUGUUGAGAGGGAGGUACACCAGUGUGAUGCGUGUCAACAGAAUAGCAUGUCUCCUUCUACAGCACCCUUACAUCCCUGGGAAUGGCCAGAGAAGCCCUGGACUCGAGUCCAUGUGGACUAUGCAGGUCCAUUUUUGGGCAAGAUGUUUCUGGUACUGGUUGAUUCCCAUUCUAAAUGGAUGGAUGUGUAUCCUGUGAAUACAGCAACUACUCAUGGAACCAUUGAAAAGCUCAGACAAAGUUUCAGUGUCCAUGGAUUGCCACAGAUGUUGGUGAGUGAUAAUGCUACAUGCUUCAUGAGUGCUGAGUUUGCUGAUUUCAUGUCUAAAAAUGGGAUAAAGCAUGUGACUUCAGCCCCUUUCCAUCCUUCAUCGAACGGAUUGGCUGAGAGAGCAGUUCGGACCUUUAAGGAGGGGAUGAAGAGGAUGCAAGGAGUUAAUGAGAGCUUGGAAGCAAAAGUGUCCAGAUUCCUGUUCAGUUACAGAAUCACUCCACACUCUACCACAGGCUUGUCUCCGGCUGAAAUGCUGAUGUCACGGAGGCCCAGGUCUGCCUUUGACCUGUUACUCCCCGACUUGAAGUCUAAGGUGGAAAAGAAACAGUGGAAACAAAAAGUUAAUCAUGACAACCGCACCAAGCUCAGAAGUUUUUCACCUGGGAAUCCAGUUUUUACAAGGAACUAUGGAUAUGGUCCCAAAUGGAUCCCUGGAACAGUUGAGAGCUGCACAGGUCCUCUGUCAUGUACAGUCCUCAUUGGAAAUGGACAGGUCGUGAGGAGACAUGUUGACCAAAUCAGGAAGAGAGAGCUAAGUGGUGUUCCUGAUACCGAUCCCAGUACACCUCAGGUGGUGAACACACCAUCUCUUGUGAUACCAGAAGAAGUGCAGUCCCCUGAGGUCAGGGCCUCUGACUCUCCAACCCCUGUGGAAGACUUUAAAAGCGACACACCCAUGUUGGGGAGUGAGCCCCCACCUGAAGGUCCCACUGAGAUAGAAGAUCUCUUCUUCCAGGGAGUUCUGGUCGAGAGGGGCGGUCCGGACCGGACGGACCGGCUGGAGGCGGUGGCUCAGCUCAGUCUGCACACUGUUGGACCCUCCGUCCACCAAUAA